UUUCGUUUCCCCAUUGGGCGUGCCUGUACAUUUCGAGCAUGGCGGAGAAGAGAACCAGUGACUAUGCCACACCAGUUGGCGGCAGAACAGUUCCCGAUUUUGGAAAGAUGUAUCAUGUCAAAGGUGAACUCUCUCUGCCACAUUCUGAGCUAAAAGAACCUUUUGAAGCUUGGUACGACCUUGAAAGGAACAGAAGUCGAAUCGACUAUCAUAAUGGCAAAGUGUGUACCUAUCUGAUUGGAAAUGACUUGGACUAUGGUGCCAUUUAUGAGAUCACACCAGUCACCAAUGAAACCGAAAUCCAAGCUAUUAAGUUUUUCCAGCUUACCGGUACCAAGGAGAAUCCAAUACGUCCACAGGCAGCACUGCCUGAUCUGCAGGGUUUUGAAUUUGAGAAGAUGGAGAAUUAUAAAGAUGUACUGUGUGAGGUCUGGAAAAAAGUGACACAGGUUGGCCAUAAGAAGAACACGUAUCGUCUGUGGGUCACACGUCCAGAAGGAAGUGAUUCUCCAGCCACCCCACACUGCUUUGAGAUGGUGGGCUUCAACACUCUUUUGGAGUCCCACAAUGACAAAUACACUAUUGACUACAGUGAUUUCAGCCCACAAACUGAGUCUGACAUUUUCACACCACCUGAAGGAAUGACCUGGGGAGAAUUUCCGGAUCCUGUUGAGGAGCAUCAAAUAUUGGCCAACCCCCUUCAAGACUAUGUCAACACCUCCCCUGUUAGCCACGCCCACCAUCUGUUUGGCCCCUUUAAGGAGAAGUUUGAUCGUCAGUAUGAAAGUGAGAAGGAGCACGAGGAGCGUGAGAACUACUUUAUACAUUCUCUUCGGUUUGUGCACUCUAUGAACAGAGCUGGUCUUACAUACAGUCUAGGUAUCAAUGACUUCUCUGAUUGGUCAAAAGCAGAGUUGGCCAGGAUGACAGGAGGUUUACGGAUUCCAGAUCAGCAAAUGGAUGAUACAGAAUAUUAGUUUGUCAUGCAAAUGUAACAGGGUGUUGGGGGUUCUUAUAAUCUGCAUAAAACAAGUUGAAAUCAUCUUUUCUUCCCUCUAACUAUUUUGGUUGGGACUUUUUUGUUUUCCAUUCAGAAAUUGAUUGGAUCAUUGUUAUCUGCUAGUGCUAUGAGCUCAUGUUACUGGUUUCAGCAGACAAAAACUCAAUAAAACAGUUUUGAAAUCUG